ACAAUGCAGCGAGUGUCCAACUUUUUUUUAACUUCACUUUCAGCCUGUUGGAGAAAAUGGAGGCUUCUACCAUCACUACUUCUUCUCCCCCUCUUGUAGUCACAUCUGAAUCGGUAGGAGGGCUCAAGUUCGUCGUGAACUUUUAAAAAGAAGAUUUAAGUUCUGCUUUUACAUCACAUGGAGCAGAUUGCCAGCAUCAUGGUUUGGUUUAGCAGCAGUCUUACGAGCGGCUGCAUUUCCUGGAAUAAGCUGGAACCCGAGCCUUGAAAGUCACACCAUGGAGCGCCUGUAGAACCCCCACCGCUACCCCCUCCUGAGUCAUCCGACAAACAAACAAGGAAGAUCAAUCUGAUCUGCUGCGGGAGAGUCUUUAUUAUUGUUUAGGUCCAACACCAAGGGCAGUAACUGGACUGCUUGACCCCUAGGCACCGCGGCCAUGAGGCCCAAGACAUUUCCGGCGGCGCCAUACGUGGGCAACACACGCCAGAGGCUUCAGGAAAUUAAGGAGGGCCUGAAGCAGCCGGCCAAGUUAGUGAGCCAGGCCCUCCACGGGGGCAGCCAGCGGGCCGAAGGAGCCGGCCGCCCUGCUGACUGCAAGGGUAGUAAGGAUGCGGCCGGUCGGCAGCAACCUGUGCGGCCGCCGCAGAAGUUCAACAACUAUCAGAGCGCCUUGCGGGAGAUCCGCAAGUCGCUCAUGCCUUUCGCCAACGAGUCAGGACCUUCAUCCGGGUCGGGGCACCCAGCCGGCGAGGUCAAUCGGCAGAUGCUGCAAGAGCUUGUCAACGCUGGAUGUGACCAGGAAAUGGCCGUCCGGGCAUUAAAGCAAACCGGAAGCAGGAACAUUGAAGCAGCCCUUGAAUACAUUAGUAAGAUGGGCUACCUGGACCCUCGCAACGAACUCAUUGUCCGUGUUAUUAAACAGACUUCACCAGGAAAAGCUGGCAUGCCCCCCUCAAUGGAACACCGCCCCCCACUGGAAGCCUCAGGUGAGGCUGCGGGCGCCAUGCCCCCAUACCACCCCAUGUAUGAGGGCGUGGCCGGAUACGGUCCGGAAGGCGAGAUGGCCAGACCAUACAUGAGUGCUCCCCCUGUCAUGAACUACAUGAUGCCGCCCUCUGGGGCAGCACAGGGUCCACCCAUGGGAAACCCAAUGGGUCGACCGCCCAGCAUGGGUAAUUACCCACCAGUGAUGGCCCCUCAGAGUAACCCAGCAACUGCCAUGUACCCACCGGGCUCCCAGCAGAAAGGCUAUCCUGGUGGCAUGGAGCAGCACGGGCCAUUAAUGAGCUACAAUGUCGCCGGUCAACCGUUGCCACCUGGGGCACCAGUGCCGGGACCCCACUAUGAUUACGGCCCUCCCAGGCCUCACUUAAUGGAGCCCACAGGCUAUGGAGUCAAGAGAACCGCAUCUUUUCAGAACAAGAUGGCCCCACCCCCCAUGGCGCCCCCAGACAAUUAUGUAAAUAUGCAAGGUAAAGGGCCAAUGGGCCAGAAUGUUCCGGUAGCAGGUGGGGGGGCUUACCCCACAAAUCUAUACCUGGCCACUCACUCGCAUCCACGUCAGGCGAGCCCCACCUCCCACCAGGUUCACAUGAUAUCCCGUUCUCCGGGCGGGGUGCCACCCAUGGGCCCAGACUUCCCUGAUCUUCCACAGGGGUUGAUGACGCCAUCCAGAGCGAGCCUCAACCUGGACUUAUAUGAUCACCACUGGGCGGGGCCCCAAGGUCCCGAAGGAGCCCCCCAAGCCAGACAGCCUCAACCUCAGGGGCCAUUCAGGGGUGAGGUCCGGGUGCCCAGCAGAGCCAACUCCUUCAACAGCCGUUCCACUGUGUCUAACGGUGUUCGGCCUCCAAUGAGCGCGUCUCAGGAUCCUUCCUUGGGUCCUCCUAACACCAUCACAGCUGUCACUUCUCCUCCCAUCCAACAGCCAGUCAAGAGCAUUCGGGUGAUGAGACCAGAACCCAAGACAGCGGUGGGACCAUGCCACCCCAGCUGGAUGGCAGCCCAAGCUCAGGAAACGUCAGAACCACUGGCCUACAUGCCUGAGGAAACGUACACCCUAGAGCCCCCCCAGGAGCCCCGCUGUCCGCCGCCACCUUACCCCAAGAAUCUCAUUAUCCCAACUUGUGAGACAGGGGCCCUGGAAGGUGGCGGAACCGCUGGUGGGGCUCAAGAUCUUGGUAGCCCCAAUAUUCGAAGCACACACAGUGGGAGUGGCGGCAGUGGAACCACAGAGGAUGGAUCGCAACAGAUUAAGGAGAAGACAAAAGGCAGCAAGACCGAGAAACCAGUCAAAGACAAAAAACAGAUCCAGACGUCGCCCGUCCCCGUAAGAAAAAAUGGCCGCGACGAAGAGAAGCGUGAAUCCCGGAUCAAGACCUAUUCGCCCUUUGCCUUCAAGUUCUACAUGGAGCAGCACAUCGAGAACGUCAUGAAGACUUACCAGCAGAAGCUCAACCGCAGACUUCAGCUGGAACAGGAAAUGUCCAAGGCUGGCCUGUCCGAGGCAGAGCAGGGUCAGAUGAGGAAGAUGCUUAACCAGAAAGAGUCCAACUACAAUCGGUUGAGGCGCGCCAAGAUGGACAAGUCCAUGUUUGUCAAAAUUAAGACACUGGGCAUUGGCGCCUUUGGAGAGGUGUGCUUGACACGCAAGGUGGACACGUAUGCCCUUUAUGCCAUGAAGACUCUGCGCAAAAAAGAUGUUCUCAACCGAAAUCAGGUGGCCCACGUGAAGGCAGAGCGUGAUAUCUUGGCAGAGGCCGACAACGAGUGGGUGGUGCGCCUCUACUACUCCUUCCAGGACCGCGAUAGCCUAUACUUCGUCAUGGACUACAUCCCCGGUGGAGACAUGAUGAGCCUACUGAUCCGUAUGGGCGUCUUCCCCGAGCCUCUGGCCUGCUUCUACGUGGCCGAGCUGACGCUGGCCAUCGAGAGUGUCCACAAAAUGGGCUUCAUCCAUCGCGAUAUAAAGCCCGAUAACAUCCUCAUCGACCUGGACGGACACAUCAAGCUGACAGACUUUGGUCUGUGCACUGGCUUCCGUUGGACCCACAAUUCCAAAUACUACCAGAAGGGGAGCCAUGUAAGACAGGACAGCAUGGAGCCUAGCGACUCUUGGGAUGAUGUGUCCAACUGCCGCUGCGGGGACCGGCUGAUGACACUGGAGCAGCGGGCCAAUCGUCAGCAUCAGCGCUGCUUGGCCCACUCGCUGGUUGGCACACCCAACUACAUCGCGCCCGAGGUGUUGCUGCGCAAGGGGUACACCCAGUUGUGUGACUGGUGGAGUGUCGGGGUGAUCUUGUUUGAGAUGCUGGUGGGUCAGCCGCCAUUCCUGGCACCCACUCCAACAGAGACUCAAAUUAAGGUCAUCAACUGGGAAAGUACACUGCAGGUACCAGCCCAAGUCAAGCUGAGCCCGGAAGCCGUGGACAUCAUUGGGCGCCUCUGCUGCUCGGCCCAAGACCGCCUGGGAGCCAACGGCGCCGGCGAGAUCAAGGCGCAUCCUUUUUUCGUAAAGGUGGACUUUUCCAGCAACCUUCGUCAGCAGCCAGCCCCCUACCGGCCCAAGAUUGCCCACCCUAUGGACACGUCUAACUUCGACCCGGUGGAAGAGGAGGGCGGCCCCGGGGCUUGGAGCGACAGCGGAGACAGCACCCGGGCCUUGGACGCCUUGUGCUCACCACACGGCAAACACCCGGAGCACGCCUUCUAUGAGUUCACCUUCCGCAGGUUCUUUGACGACAACGGCUGCCCUUUCCGCUACCCCAAGCCCCCCGAGAGCGGCCCAGAGGAAGAGGACGAAGAUGAACAAGAUGAUGAUGACGACGACGAGGAAGCGGGGGAAGGGUGUGAGCCAGUUUACGUUUAGAACGAUCGUCUCCGAGACUGACACCGCUCCUGCCCCCUCGCACGGGACCAAGAAGCAACAUUCGGGUAAGAAUGUCAAAAAGCUGCAAUACCCACGUGACCGCUCCCGCUUCCAUUCCUUCCUUUCGUCUUACACAACUGAAACACUCCAAAGUGACUUUUACGAAGUGUUUUUUUUUUUUAACACUGAAAUAUCACAUGUGAAGAGGGAGUGUGCUACGUUCAACAGGAUGUGGAGUGUGCGGAAGCAGGAACCAAAACGACUCAGAAAGAGGCUGACAAAUAUCCUAGGAAGUUUAGGAGAGGAGGUUUAGUUGGAUAUAGUGAAAGUGAGACACUUUCAAUGGGAAGUUUUGAUAUGCUCAGAUUACACCGAACAAAUUCCCCACCAGUGAGCAUCAUUAAAAGUCAAGUGGCAGUCUACUAUUGUAAUUACACAUACACUUUAACUUAAAAAUGAACUGUUUAAAUACCAGUUUUCUUCUACAAAAAAAUGUACUUUUUGUCUUUUCUAACUUAUCCUGCAUUCAAAUUCCGUGGAAAGCUUCCAGUUUUGAUUUUUUUUUUUUUUUGGUCAAUUUUAUAAUUAAAAAAAUCUAAUUAUAUAAGGGUAUCUUUAAAAAAAAAAAAAAACACAUGAUUUUUUUUUUUUUAAUUUUCAGGCUUUUUCUCUCAAAAGAACAAAAUUAAAACAUGGCCAAACGUACCCAUUAUGACCUAAGUGCAAUACAAUGUGUGUCCUUUUUCUAAACACUAUCCAUUUGAAAGUAUUGAAAAGUGCCAUGUACAAACAUUGCUUUAUAUACCAUGUAUACAGUUACAGUAUAUACACUAUACUGUAUCUGUGUGUGUUUCACUUAUGACAAGCUGCUUUUUAGUAUUAUUUACCUUUUAUUAUCCCCCAUUUUGCUGCGGCGUAGAAAUGAUGAUGAUGAAUGUGGUACAUGGCUGGCCGGGGCUUUGCCGUCCUCUGUCGGGGCUGGCCCCCGAACGCAGCACGGCCGAGCGCUCGGAGAGGCCUCGUGGUAGAUAGACGGCAAGUUUGAAAAGAAUGAAACGCUUUGUCAUAUUUUAUUUGGGGGGUGAGGCCACAUGGGUUUCUAUUUGUGCUUGGGUUGAACAGAAACAUCACAAGUUUUCAGUGUGAUCCCAAAAUUAUCAAGGAGUAUAAAGGCCACACUACUGGGGAAAAACUAAACAACUGGAAGUGUUUGUUUUCUCAGUGUCAAAAAUGUGACGCGGGUAAAGUCAUAAUUUCCUAAUUAGUCUUAAGUAUGAAGUGAAUAUGUGGGAGGUGUCAUUUUAUGAGCCAAAACCAGUUGAAAUAAUAGAUUUAAAGGAAUAAACAUGAACUGUUAAGUGGCAACAAAAAAAAAAAUCCCAAUAAAAUAAGUCUUGAGGGGAAAGGAGUUAAUUACCUGCAAAUAAAGUCAUCAUUAGAUUAUACAGCUAAACAAUUUAAUUGAGAUAAAAUCUUGUACAAGAAAAAUAGUUUACUUGAAAAAAAAAAACUAAUUUAACAAGAUUGUAAUUGUAAUGUGUCAAGUUUGUAAUGUUUUAGAAAAUCUCUCAUAAUAUUCGGAACUUUACAGCUUGUUGCUAAAAACAUUGGAACAUUUGCUGUAAUACAAAUUUAUUUUUGUUGCAUUAUGAUUUACUGCACGUGACCAUUGAACUAUUCUAAUUACUUUUUCAAAUUUUACACUUUUUAUUAAUCUUUGUAAUAUUGCAACAUUUUCACUUGGAACUUAAUAAAUUAAUAACGUAAUAAAUGUUUCAUAAUGUUACUUCAUUGUCCAAACAUAAUGACUGCUGCACUGCUCAUACAAUAUGACUUUUUGUCAUUCUCAUAGCAUGACAGCUUUAUAAAAUCAUUUUUAUAUGCCAAAACUUAAUUAUUGUAAAACUAUGACUUAAUUUCCAGAAUUUCAUGGAUUAGCAGUCUCAAAAUUACAACUUUAUUCUUGUAACAUAAUACAUUUAUUCUCGUACUUUCCCAAAAAUAUUUUCGUAUAAUAUUUCAAAUAAUUCUUGUAGGUCAGUUGUUUUUUUUCCCACGUGUGGCCCAAAUACUCAUCCGCUGAUAAUUUUGUUUUGUUUUUUUUCUUUUUGUUUUUUUUUUUAAACAUAUAUCGCAAAGCCAUGGUCAAUUGCAAUCAUUUUAUCUUAAUUUGAAGAUGUUGCCAAUUGAUUGAUGGUUGACAAUCUGCGGAAGCAAUUGAACUUUUUCAUCAGUAUUUCUGACUAAUCCCUCUCGUGUGACUGGUUGAAUGAAGUGGUGUGUUGUUUUUCAAUAUUAUUCUGUUAGGACAAUGACUAACUUGUUAGCCUGACUAGCGCAAUUGCAUAAGGCAUUUAUUUUUAACUUACUGAUACCAAAUCAAUAAAAGAAAAUUAUGUUUUCUGAAAACUAAAUGACUUGUGCAACUGCGCUAUUGGCUUUGCGAAAUGUGCCUUGUGUGUGUUGUAAAGCGAGCUCAACAAUCCCGACAUUUUUUCUCUGUGGCCUUUUAAUUUUUGUUGUUACCGCACUUAGUGUAACAGGGGCAGAAAGCACAAAAAAAUAUACCUGUUCAAAAUUAUUUUUUGCCAUUUUAGCAGUCUAAAAAACAUCUAGUUCAGUAACGUUUAAGACAAAAUGGCUGUUUUGGAAAGAAAAAACAAAACAAAAACCUGUUAGUAACCAAGUUUUAUGUUUUUUUUUAGGGUUACAAAGUGACUGACAAUCCUUGACUGAUCCCCUCCCUCCCCUUUUGAAAUGUAUGCAUUUGUUACCCAUAUGGAGCGUGUGUAAUGUAUAUUAAUCAUGAAUUUAUAUUUUUACAAAUAUAUGUAUUUUUUGUACCCACCCCCCACCACCAUUUCUUUUUCUUUCCCACUGUGCUAAUGUCCAAAACUCUACGCAGUAUUAUUAUUUUUAUUUUUUUUUUCUACAUUUUUGUUUGAACAGAGAAUUUGUCAAUGUGGCUGUCGUUUUUUUGUGUGUGUCAAAUGUUAUGUAUAAAUUAAAUUAACCCACUUGGA